AUGGCUAAGUUGAGAAAAGCAAAGAUUCUCGCCACGGCGUUUCGUCAGCAACGCCAGCCCUGGCGAAGUCGAAACGACGACGACGACGACUACGACGAAAACAGGCUUAUCUGGGCCGAUGCUAUCGACAUAUGUGAAAGAACCAACCGCUGGUAUAUGCGGCGGGCAUCUACACACGAUGGUGUACUUUUUGUGUACCGUUUACGGUUUGAACCGCAGGCCGGCGAACGGGAGAUGCAGAAGGGGUGGCCGACGACGAUCGCGGAGAAAGUCAGGCAAGGCAACACAGCAAGAAAAGGCAGCAGCAACGGCGGCGGCGACGACGACGACGACGACGGGUGGUGGUGGUUGUGGCAGCAGCAGCAGCAGCAGCAGCAGAGGCGUGGAUAA